CUUUAUGACAUUUGUUAGAACUACGCCUUAUCCACUCAUUCCGACUUUUACAUUAACCAAAAAACACACUACUGUCGGCAAGUCUUCAGAGCGUGUUGCAGAUCUAAAUCAUAAAGUUGAAAAUAGAAUUCUUCACCCUUAUCAUUACAUUUUAGCUCCCAGAAAGAAUUCUCAUUUUGCAGCAUUACAUUUUAGCUGAAUUCGCAACUCCAUUAUGGUUCUUUCUUUUCUUUACCGUCUGAUUUCUCGUUGGAUAGCUUCUGUUAUGGCUUUUUUUCAACUCCAAACUAAGGAGCAACCACUGUCUUUGAAGCUUCUGGUAGACACAGAUACUAACAAAGUUGUAUUUGCUGAAGCAGAUAAAGAUUUUGUCGACAUUCUCUGCAGUUUCUUAACAUUUCCAUUAGGUACCAUUGCAAAACUUGUUCAGAAAAACUCAGAAAUGGGUCCAAUUACAAUUGGCUGUCUCAACUCUCUCAAUCAAAGUGUGGAUAAUCUUGGCUUGUUGACUAAUUAUAACUCAUCCGAAGAUUACUACCAAUUUCUCAAAAUUAACAUUGAUGAUACUAUGCCUACAAAUUACUUCAUGUGUUCCAGGUUUGAUGAGUUUUAUUAUCAAUGUUGUUAUUUGAGCUUAGGCACCAAAAAGCAUUAUUGUGAAUUUGGACAUCCUUUGUCCCGUUUACUUUCCCUGUCAUUACCCAUGUUUCAAUUUUGCUUGGGAUUUGUCAAGUUUAAUAGAAAAUUUGUCAUUAGCGAUGAUUUAAUUGUGUUGCCACACUCCAUGGAUCACACCAUCUUUGAUCUCAUCAAGAACUUUGGAAUUAAAGACACAAGCUCGGUUAAAGAAAUGACUGUCAAUGUCACUAAAGAAAAGGUAUUGGAUCUUUUAAAGUGCUCGUUUUUUUCCAAGACGUCUCUAACCGAUGUGUUUUUAGGAGUGAAACCUCUUAUUGACAGAUCAAGGAUUUUCUCUUGUGAUGUUAAAGACAUUAUUGGUGGUGAUAUUCAUAUCUCUGUGAAGCUGGUUAUAAGAAAAUCAGAUGAUGUUAUAUUGUAUGCUCAAGGGGGACAAGAUUUAGCAGAGUUGAUUAUACGAUUUCUGACAUUUCCGUUGGGAGGAGUUUUACGCAGGUUACAAGGGAAUAAUUCUAUGGGGAGUAUUGAUGGAUUUUGCAAGAGCAUAGCCGAUUUAAAUGAAGACGAGUAUUUCAUGUCCAAAAAUGCAAAGAAAAGGCUUCUGGAGUUAAGUGUUAUGCAUUAUUAUUGUCAUGUUCAUGGUGAUAGUACUCCCAAUCAAAGAAAAGCUAAAGUCACACUUUACAAAAGUAAUGAAGUUUGUAAUGGUGUGCAUAAUCUAUUUAAAAUGAAAUUGGUUAAUACCAUUACCACACCGGCUAAAGAACAUCCUAUAAGUUAUAUCAAGACACAUGAAAUGUAUAUGGUUACAGAUGAUCUGGUCGUAGAGCCGUUGUUGUCUCCAGUUUCAUCUGUAUUUUUACUUAACCGUUUCAAAACUUCUCUUAAUGAUUUGGAGGAAAAAGUUGUUACCAUUGGCAUCAAAGAGAGUCUCAGCAUAUUUAAGGAAGCUUUAAACUCAACAUCUGCUCUCACAAAUGGUCUCCGCCACCUGUUAACCCAAGCUAAGAAGGAGAAAUGAGAACGAUUAAGUUUGUAACAGAAAACAACACUGCACCUUUCUAUUUCGCGUUUAUUUCAAUUCAUGCAUUAAUGUUUUAAAGACCUUGAAUUAGUUCUGCAAGGUCUGUUUUUUUCUUUCCCUCUCCAGAUAGAGAUACAUGCUACCAACUAACUCUCAAUUAUCAACAGCCAGUAAAUUUUUCUGCAUAACUAUGAAAUCAGAUAGUGAUUUCAAGGUUAUACAAUUAAGAAACAGAAUUUGCAAUAAUUGUAUACAAUCAACAAUGAAAUCAGAUAGUCCAAAUCAUGAUUACAAUGAAAUCAUUUUCCUCUUACUCAUUUUAGGUAAUGUGUUUUAUCUACCAUUCAAAAUUCAUAAUAUAGCCGAUUCAACAUAGUGAAGGAUAUGCCAUUUAUUGAAGCAUAGUCUUAUUGAUGUAAAAAACAUAUUUUACUACAUAUUUCAUAGAGACGCCUCAAUCACUCACCCGAUUCUUCACAGUCACCAACAUUAGAACAAAAAUUUCAACUUUGCCACUUCACUCUCCAUCUUUUCCCCCACGGCAUAUUAAAUGUGAUGUAUCAAAAGUUAGCACAAACUGAUAUGGAUUUUUUUACCUCCAUGCCACUAAUAUGAAAUGAUAAUACCAUAAUGCCACAAUGUGAAAAUAAAUUACCAAUGUGCCACACUUUCAGUUCACGUCCGGCCAGGCCUUGGACGGACUGGAAGUAAAAAAAUUUCACGUGUUUGGGUCCGGCCAGGGGUGGGCCGGACGCAAACUAGGCCCUUUAUUUUUUUUUUUUUAAUUGAUUUAAAUGAUUAUUAAAAGCUAUAAUUGAUUUUAUAUUUUAAAUAAAGAUUAAAAAACCAUAAAA